AAUGAUGAUGAUGCAGAAGCGUCAGACGAGAAGAUCCCGCGGCCGUUGACUCCACCGCCACUUAGGAAUGUACCCGUGACUCUACACUCCACUGAUGAUGAGGAGGAGGAGGAAGAGGAGGACGACGACGACGAAGAAGAAGACGACGACGCAGAAGCGUCAGACGAGGAGAUCCCGCGGCCGUUGACUCCACCGCGACUUAGGAAUGUACCCGUGACUCUACCCGUCUUGUUCGAUCUGGAAACUACAGGACUAGAGACAGAUUCUCACAUACUGCAGAUUGCUGCAUGGAGUCCAGGUAAUUCCUUCUGCAGAUACGUUCGACCGAAAAAGAAGAUUGAUUUUUUCGCGCAAUUAGUUCAUGGCCUGUCUUUCGAUGGACGGAUUUUGUACCUACACGAAGAGCCGGUGGAUGCUGUAAGCAUUCGCCAGGCACUGUCUGAUUUUCUGGAGUUCUUACGGGAUGGGCCUGUCACCCUGUUUGGCCACAAUGCCAAGAGGUUCGACUGUCCCAUUCUGAUCAACGCCGUGAAAGCCUGCAACCUCUUGCCGGAGUAUGAAAGAAAGAUUUCUGGAUUUGUGGAUACUCUGCCUUUGUUUAGCGAUGUCUACCCUGGUCUGCCUUCCUACAGACAAUUUAUUCUGUACGAACAUUUCUUCCACGAGUCCUACACCGUACACGAGGCGGUGAGUGAUGUCGAGGCGCUAAAGAAACUUCUUCAAAUGCCGUGUGUUACAGAGGAAGCAAUUUCCAGACACUGCUUUUGUUUCGACUACAUUCUUCAGGCCGACAGACGCUUGAUGCUAGAGUGGAAAAUGUUGCCCAGCUGGAACUUUAUGAUAAGAUCCGGAUCUGUCAAGCUUCACAUGGCGAAACGAGCAGCAGGAAGUGGACUUGGCGUACACCACCUGAGGAUGGCAUACAGAAAGGACGGCGAGACAGGUGUGCAGGAUGUCCUCCAGCAUCCCAACAGCGAGGGCAAGCCAAGGGUUACCAAGAACAAGAGGGUGCUGACACAGAUUUCAAGCUACAUUGCUCAAAACCCGAUUGAAGAUAACUUCAAGAUCCUGAGAGAAGGUGGAAGCUGGCAGACAGACUAUAUCGAUGGUGAUGAGGGACAGCAUGAAUAUGAUAAUGACUUCGAAUUCGUGGGUGAUGGCGGUGGUGAUGAGGGACACCGUGAAUAUAAUGACGACCGUCACCUUAUGGGUGAUGAUGGUGACGAGGGACAAGUUGAGUAUGAUGAUGGCCGUAACCUUGUAGAUGAUGAUGACGAUGAUGACGGUGAUGGUGACAAAGGACACAAUGAGUGUGAUGGUGACAGUAACCUUGUAGAUGAUGGUGACGAUGAUGAUGGUGAUGGUGACAAAGGACACCAUGAGUGUGAUGGUGACAGUAACCUUGUAGAUGAUGAUGAUGACGAUGGUGAUGGUGAUGUUGAUGGCGACAAAGGACACCAUGAGUGUAACCUUGAUGAUGAUGAUGAUGAUGAUGAUGAUGAUGAUGAUGAUGAUGAUGAUGAUGAUCAUGAUGACGACGACGACGACGAGGGACACCAUGAACAUGACCGUGACCUUUUGUGUGAUGAUGCUGAUCGUCGUCGUGUUGGUGGUAGCGACAGUCAUCAUUAUCACCGUCCUCGUCGUGAUGAUAAACGUAAGAAUAGCAGUGAUAAUUCUAGUGAUGACGACGAGUAUCCAACACGAAACAAAUUUCCGAAAAUAAGCCAUCAAGAAGGGAAAGAGACAUUAGGGAAAGACACAUCUCGUUCUAACUGCUCUAUUGCAUGAUUGUAAAGGUUAAGGUUGUGAAUGUGUGAGUGUGUUUGUGUGUGUGU